UCGAGGCUGCACACAGUAGUGCUCAUUGGCUGUCAUCGCGCUACUGUGGAAUUGCAUAAUGAGUGGGCCACCAGUUUGACCGCAGAUUUCUCUAAAGUGUCGGAGCGGUGUUGUGUGGACGCGGGCUGUGGUGUUUUCCCGUUACGAUGAUCAUGGUGGUGUUGAGCAGCGUCCUCGCAGGGCUGCUGGCUGUCGUUCUCUACCAGAGGAGGACUUAUCCCUUCUUCUGGGUGGAUUUGAUUUAUUACUUGAAACUUCGGAGCUACGGCAAGACGCUGCGGGCUCGUAUGCAGCAAGGGAUCGUGACGUACCUCGACUGUUUCCUCCACCAGGUGAAGAAGAACCCGAACAAACCCUUCAUCGUCUUCGAAAACCAGACCCUGACGUACCGGGAUGUGGACAGGAGAAGUAACCGGUUUGCGAACGCGUUCAGGACGGAGGGCUCUCUGAAACAAGGGGACAUUGUUGCUCUGCUGAUGUUCAACGAACCGGACUUUAUUUGCGUGUGGUUGGGGCUGUGCAAACUGGGCUGCGAAGUGGCCUUUCUCAACGUCAAUAUUAAAGCCAAGUCUCUGCUUCACUGCUUCCACAGUUGCGGGGCCAGGACGCUUGUUGUCGGCGCAGAUUUGGUGCGUUUGGUGGAGGAGGUGUUGCCUGAUCUGAAGGACCACAUGGCCCUGUGGGUGGUGGAUCACACGUCACCUAAGGAAUUUAGCACUUUACUCGAUAAGGUGGAACACAUGUCUGGAGAAAACUUAAGUGAUCUUCCCAAAGUUGACAUCAUGUCGAACUUCCUGUUCAUUUUUACUUCAGGCACCACAGGUCUCUCUAAGGCAGCCCGUGUAGGUCAUAUGAAAGCCAUUGGGAGCAUGGCCUUCCUUCAUAUGUGUGGAGCCACGUCCGAUGACGUCAUCUACAUCACUCUCCCUCUUUACCACAUGUCCGCGUCCCUGUUGGGGAUCGGAGGUUGCAUACACCUCGGUGCAACGUGUGUGUUGAAAAAGAAGUUUUCUGCCAGUCAGUUUUGGAAGGACUGUGUGAAACACAAUGUGACGGUGGUGCAGUACAUAGGAGAGCUCUGUCGAUACCUGUUCAGCCAUCCCGCGGUUCCAGAGGAGAGGACUCACCGUGUUCGGCUGGCGGCAGGAAGUGGUCUCAGGUCAGAUGUUUGGAGGGAGUUUGUCCAACGCUUCGGUAGGAUCAAGAUCAGAGAGGGUUACGGCUUGACUGAGGCCAGCAUCGGCUUCCUCAACUACACCGAUGAGGUCGGACCAAUCGGGAGGGCGAGCUAUUUCAACAAGCUUGCUAUGCCCUUUGAGCUCCUGAGAUAUGAUCCACAAACAUACGAGCCAGUCCGCACCGACUCUGGAAGAUGCAUACGAGCACCAAUAGGAGAGGCAGGGAUCCUGGUAUCUCCUCUGACUGCUAUGAACCAGUUCUUGGGUUACGCUGGGAACCAGGUCCAGUCUGAGAAGAAGCUGCUCAGGGCCGUGUUUAAAGCUGGGGAUGUCUAUUUCAACACAGGGGACCUCCUGCUCCACGAUGACAGGGGCUUUCUUUACUUCCGUGACCGAAUCGGAGACACCUUCAGGUGGAAAGGAGAGAACGUAUCCACCACAGAGGUGUCAGAGGUUUUAGGUCUUCUUGAUUUUAUCCAGGAGGCCAACAUCUACGGAGUCACCAUCCCAGGAUAUGAAGGUCGGGCAGGUAUGGCUGCAAUCGUCUUAAAACAGGAUCACAAAUUAGAUGGAACAAAACUUUACAACCAUUUAAUAAAAACACUUCCUGCAUACGCCUGGCCGUGGUUUCUCAGAGUACAGACCUCUCUGGAUGUGACGGAGACCUUCAAGCAGCAGAAGGUGAAGCUGGUCCAGGAGGGUUUUAAUCCGGAUGUCGCCAAGGAUCUUCUGUAUUUCUUAGAUGUCUCUCAGAAGGACUAUAUUCCUCUGACUGCAUGUCUGUAUCACGACAUUGUGACUGGAAAGAUCAAUUUAUAAACACUCACCAUUCAUGGUAAAUGGACUGUACUUGUAGAGCGCUUUUCUAGUCUUCCCACCACUUAAAGCUCUUUAACACUACAUGUCAUU